AUGCAGAAGAGCCAAGAAGCCAAGUCCAGCACCUUGAUCUCUCUGGGCCUCCUGUUGGGGGAGGACCCAGAACACCUGUCCCAGCAUCGGCGGGCUACCAGUCUACAGGACAGGGAGCCACUUGGCUCUCCCGGCCUCUCCAAGGUGGGCUCAGAGUACCUGCCCUUCUGCACAUAUGAGCAACCCCUGGCUGAAGUCGGCCCAGGGCAAGAAGCUGGCUGGAGCAGCAGAGGGAGUCUGUUCCUCGAGGACUCAGCGCCACCCAGUGGCUUCUUCCCGUACUACCGUUCCCAGGAAGAGCACCUCGCCAGUGCCGCCGCCACCCCUCAAGGCUGCAGCUGUUGUCUGGGCUCCAGAGACCCCUUUCCAGGAAGUGAGACACAAGCUGGCUGCCACAAAGUGACAGCCAGAGAGGAAUGCCUUUCUCCCUUGGCAGGGCCAGACCUCAUCUCUGGGUUUCCACCCUCACCAGCCUGCUGCUGCUGCUUGCGAGGGCUCGUGUGUGAUGACGACCAGGUUGCCCCUCUCGCCAGGCGCCAUGUUCUUGGGGCCUCAGGAUUUGUACCGUACUACAGGAGCCCCGAAGAGAGGCUAUGUGCCAGCCCUGUGCUUUCCUCCUCUGUGCUGGGGAGCUCAUAG